AUGAUCCUCCGGAAAUGCUCCCGCUCCAGACGUUCCUCCUCCUCCUCCCUGGCAGCCGCCGCCAGCGCCCUCGGCUCCAGCGGCCGCCGCCUCCGCCGCUCGUCCCUGAGCGGGGCCGCCUGCUCCCCCUCGGGCUCCGCGCCCCGGCCACACGCGCUCUCUCCCGGCCACGGCAGCUGCUCCCGCUCCUCCUCGUGGCCUCUCCGCAGCCCCCUGCGCAUCACUUUGGUCGGCGGAUCCCCCUCGCCCCGGGACAGCGGCGGCGGCGCUUUCCGGGAUACGGCGCACGUGGCCGACAUCCCCCGCGCGCGCACGCGCCCUCCUCCCUUCCGGCGCGCGCCGGCCGCUCGGCGAAGCAGCAACAUGGGCUGUGGAGCACUGCUCGUCCCCGCCAGUGUGAGAAAUGACACGGCGGGACUGGCAAACGGCGGCAGUGACGCUGAAGCACUCUCUCUCGUGCCUGACGCGGAUGCGCCCUUUCGGAGUCCUCACGCAGACGAAGUCCUGGUGCAGCAGUCAAAGCUCAGGUCUCCGCCGGGCUGCCUGCACCAGGUUGUGGUAAGGUAUGCAUCCAGCCCCGCUGAGCAGGCAGCCACGAGCAGAGCAGCUGUGCUGAGACGAGGCAGUACUUUGCAAGAACCUCUGCGCCAGACUAAAGCCGGAUUAUGUUUCCUAGAAGGAAAUGCAAGGACCAACUAUGGGGAGGGAAAAGCAAGGAGGCACGCUUAACUGCCAUGCGUGAGUCGCUAGAUACUAUAUUUCCCCCCACAACACGCCUUGGCCCUGAUGACCCUUGAGCCCAUCCUCCUUAACCUGACAAAACUUGUUUCACUGGAUGCAGACACCCUGUGUCCUGCAGCAAGUCACUAUAUCCCUUUCCAAACUGCUUUGAGAAGAGGUGGCUGAUCCCAAGGGCCUCAUUUGCAAGGGCCCAUCCCCAUUUUGAGAUGCUGAAGAGCAUGCCUUACCUAGCUGUCUGUCUAAAGACAGUGGUAGUCAUUUAGUAAUCCAAGUAAUGUAACAGGAACAGAGAAGUUUUUUGGCAUACUAACCUUCUCUCUGUAGAAACAGGAGCAUCAGCCUCCUAACACUCUCACUUUACUCUCAGUGUUUUUCAGUAUUCUUUACCCUCACACUGCUCCUACUCUCUUGCAACUCCAUUAACUGAUGGGACACUGGAUAUCGGUGGACACUGGACACUGUGUUCAGUGGCAGUGCCAGAGAGGAGGCACAGACAUCAUAUUUAGUUUGAUGGACAAAGGAGUCAUUGUUCCCAAGGGCACAUUACUGGUUUUGUUAAUUAGGAAGCACCCUGCGUGUGAUAAAACCAACAUCUAAAUCAAUGUUACACAGCCUAAACAGAAAUUCAGCUUUUAGACUUUGAAGGUUAGGGCGGGAUCAAUAACUCUGCAAGAUAAAACAUUUGUACUUGCUAUAUCAGUGUUUAUGACUAGUACAUUGUCAUGUUCUCUCUGUUAUUUUGACAUGAGGAAAUCACCUAAAUAUCAAACUAGUCACGUACUGACAUUUCUGCACUCCUUUUACAUAAGCCAUUUGCCUUCUAUAGAACAACACCACUUCUAUUGCUACAGUGUUUCUGAACAUAUGCAAGACACUUAGCAAAGCUUUCUUUCAGCUAUGACAGCCUGAAAUUGCUGCCAGCAGGAGGUGACACUGCUAAAGAACCACAGGCUCCUAUCAUGCAGCUCUCCCCAGCCACUUCAUAGCUAGCACAGCCCUGGCAAUCAAACUGCAUUUGCCAAGGGCAAACUAGAGUUUUCCUGUACUACCUUUAAAGCAAAAGCAUUCUGCCAACAUGCCAACAUUGCAGGGAAGUUCUCUAAGUUUUUCUAAGGGCACUCGAAAUAUUUUUAUCUCCCAGACAGACUUAGAAGUUCAUUCUCACUUCAGUGCCUGAUAAAUUUAUGGAGAAGAUUAUUCUGGGAGGUAUUGAAAAACACAUGAAAGACAACACAGUCUUAUCAAACCUGCAUUCCUUUUAUGAUAAGAUAAUCCACCUAGUUGAUCAGGGGAAGCCAGUUGAUGUAAUCUUUUGGAAAUUAAAGCUUUCAAUACUGUCUCUCACAGGAUCCUU